GGGGAGGGUCAACCACUUCAUUUUGGUGACCCCGACGUGAUAGGUUGAAGGGCCGAUAACAACAAGACAGGCCCUGUUGGCAGGCCGAUUGCUGGUCCGGGACCGGGACUAGAGGCAACCACCGUGAGCCGAGAAGAAGGGGGCCCCCGACCGCUGCAUAACCGGUUGCGGUGCUUCCCUCUUUGGGCCGGGCCCGAACCAGAACAAUCGCAGUCGAAAAGUUCGCAAGAAACCAGUCCAGGGAGGAUCCAGGUGGAAAGUCCAGGGGCGAAGGUUGCACCAACGUCUUCAGAAAUCUGGCAAGUAUAGUGGUCAAGUUAGACAUUAGGGAACACACACAUAGGGCCGGUACCGGGGGGGGGGGGAAAGGAAGGGUGAUCACUAAGUUUCCCUGAGGGAGGGAAAAGGGAGGAAGGACUGAAAACCUUGCGGUUCCUGAAGUACGCCGUUGAGUGUCCGGGUACCCAGGCCAAGGUGGAAGGUCCGCGUAGGAACCAUGGGUGGGGGAGGUUCUAAAAAGGACACCCCUUUAGGAUGUAUGUUGAGGAAUUUUGACAAAUUUGUGGCGGCCUCAAGUCAGGCCGAUCCAGAGGAUUUUAAGGACUAUAGGUUGAGGAAUUUAUGCACUAAUGAGUGGCCGACUUUUCCAUUUGGGUGGCCAGAAGAAGGAACUUGGGAUAUAAAAAAGAUUAGGCAGGUUGAGGCCUAUUGUGCUGAACAUCAUCCGGAUCAGCUCAUCUACAUAGAUGCGUGGGAUACUGUAGUGACUCAGAAUCCGGACUGGGUGCAGCAGUGUAAGAAGCUUAGGUGUAUGGCUGUACGCAAAAAGGGAGGCCGAAAACCAGCCAAGAUCUUGGAGGCAGAUACAGAAGAGGAAUGGCCCCAGGCGGUUCGAAGGAGGAUCCCGGCGGGACUUCCAGGUUCUCCACCUCCUCCUACGGCCCCUCUGGCGGCCCACAACUUGUCCCCAGGGCAGUCAGCAGUCGCUGAAUUCGACCCCCUUGCUCCGCCAAAUAUGGGUCCGCCGCCUUUGCCACCCUAUGAUAGCACUCCCUUGAGGCCUACUCCAUCUGGGCCUCAUGGGGACCUCUCUAAAGAACUGCAGAAGUAUGUGAAUCGGAGAUUGCCCAGUGAUGCAAGCCCAGCUCUCACACGAGCAAGGGAGGCUUUGAAGAAAGGAAUAGGCGCAGAUAUGCUUACUGGGGACUUGUUGGGAGAAUUCCCAAUAAGGGAAGUCCACGCCUUAGGACAAAAUGAUGCAGUUCAAUCCCUCUAUCAGGUGGUCCCAUUUACUAGCAGUGAUCUCUUGAAUUGGAAGAAUUCCACACCUCCUUACUCAGAACAGCCGAUGGCAAUGGCAAAUCUCCUAGAGACAAUAAUGUCCACCCAUAAUCCCACUUGGAAGGACUGCAAGCAACUUUUGCAGGUCCUCUUCACUAACGAAGAAAGGAGGCAGAUUUUAAAUCAGGCAAGCCUAAUUGCCCAAGAGGUAGAGGGGAGGCCGGCCGCUACUGAUGUGGCCGAAUGGGGACGCCAGCAGUUUCCCCAAGAGGUGGACCCGCAGUGGAACUACCAGGAGGUAGCACAUCGUCAGAGGUUGAGUGUUUUCCAGGGGAUUUUGGUGAAGGCUGUGAGGCGAGGGCCCCCGAGACCAGCCAACAUUUUAAAAAUCCAGGGGAUACGUCAGGAGAAGUCUGAAUCGCCCACAGCAUUUCUUGAAAGGUUAGAAGAGGCAUAUAGAAAAUACAGUCCAUACAAUCUGGACGAUGAUAAUGGGAAACGUGCGAUACAACAGUCAUUCAUUACUCAGGCAGCGGAUGACAUUAGAAGGAAGAUACAGAAGCAGCCAGGGUUCAUAGGUAAAUCUAUGACAGAACUCCUGGCCAUAGCGGACCAAGUCUAUAUGGCCAGAGAUCAAGUUGAGGAGGAGAAAAGGAAGAAGGAUAGGAAAGAAGGAUACAAGGUUUUGGUUAAUAUGAUGGAGAAGCCUGAGGCGCCCAGGGGGCGGGGGCGUGAGAGAGGUAGGGUGCGGUUGGACUGGAACCAGUGUGCCAAAUGUAAGGAAUAUGGGCACUGGAAGAGAGAAUGUAGGGGACAGGAGGUAGAGGGACCAGUCCAGAAGGAAAUGGGGGGUCGAGGAAGAGGUAGAGGGAAUGGUCGAGGAAGGGGACGCGGAAGCUACGUCCCGUUCCCCAGGAAGGAGAUAGCAGCCGCUAUGGUCUCAGAAGAGAAUCAGUGGGUGGAUAUGGAGGAAGAGGAGGAGGAAUGAAGCGGCCAGGCUCUUGUACUGCUGGAUCCCGGGGAGCCGAUGGUUAAGGUUAAAAUCGGGAACCAGCAAUUGGAUUUUCUUGUAGAUACUGGGGCAGAACGGACGGUGGUAAACCAAAUGGUGAGCCCCCCCACCGAUUACACCACUCGAGUGGUGGGUCUUUCUGGAAGGAUGCAAAGGUGUCCGUUUCUGCAGGAAAGGACCUGUAAUUUAGCAGGUCAUGAAGUAAAGCAUAGACUAUUGUAUCACCCAGAUUGCCCAGUGUCCCUAUUGGGAAGGGACAUUUUGAGUAAGCUCCAAGCGCAGAUUCAGUUUUUAGAAGGGGGCCAGAUGGAAUUGACUUUGCCAAUGGAAGAGGAAUGGAGACUGAUGAUUGCAAAGGAGGGGAACCCCGGGGGCGGCUCCAGUAUGCAAGAGUGGCCAUGGGAUAGGACCCCUGCGGUCUGGGCCGAGGACAAUCCACCUGGGCUGGCAAAGAACGUACCCCCCGUGGUAGUGGAAGUGAAGAGAGGAAUGGGACCCGUUAGAAAACCUCAAUACCCUGUGAGUAGGGAAGCAUCAUUGGGAAUACAAAAGCACUUAGAUCGCUUGAUUCAACAUAAGAUUAUAGUACCUUGCAGUUCUCCGUGGAACACUCCUCUCCUUCCGAUUAAAAAAUCCGGGGUGACAGGGGAAUACCGCCCAGUUCAAGAUCUAAGGGCAGUUAAUCAAGCUACAGUCCUAUUGACACCGGUAGUACCGAACCCAUAUAUUAUGAUGAGUUUGAUCCCACCAUGGACUGUCUGUUUUUCAGUAUUGGAUUUGAAGGAUGCUUUUUUCUGCAUCCAGUUGGCUCCGGUGUCACAGCCAAUUUUUGCCUUUCAAUGGGACUCGCAGCAGGCGGGUCAGAGGGCCCAAUUUACCUGGACUCGUUUGCCGCAGGGCUUUCAGAACAGUCCGAUGAUUUUUGGGCAGGCAUUGGCCAAGGAUUUGGAAGAUUUUGAAAUUCCGACCACAGAGGGGGUGUGGCUCCAAUACGUAGAUGACCUUCUGAUCGCUUGUCGCAGUAAGGAGGGUUGUCGGCACUAUACUUUGAGGAUGUUGGAAGCCUUAGAGGAGAAGGGCUAUAAGGUUUCGAAGAGGAAAGCUCAACUCUGCCAGACAAGAGUAAAAUAUUUGGGGUUCGAGAUAGCAGAUGGACAUCGCACGUUAGGGACAGAAAGGAAGGAAGUGAUAUGUGCCAUUCCCACCCCCACCACUAGGCGGCAGGUGCGAGAGUUUUUGGGAUCUACAGGGUACUGUCAUCAGUGGAUCCCUGGGUAUGCUGCAAUUGCCAAACCUCUAUAUCAGGCUACGAGAGGGGGAAGGGAAGAUGCAUUCAAAUGGACCCCAGGGUGCCAGGAGGCGUUCGAGAGACUGAAGGAGGCUUUGAUGACUUCGCCGGCCCUUGGACUGCCAGAUGUGGAAAAACCCUUUGUCCUAUUCGUCUCUGAAAAGGAUGGAGUGGCUAUGGGUGUCCUUACACAGAAAUUAGGAUCUUGGCAGCGGCCGGUAGCGUAUUUGUCUAAGCAGCUAGAUACAGUAGCCCAAGGGUUGCCCCCUUGCUUAAGGGCAGUGGCGGCAACCGUCGACUUGAUCAAGGAAGCUAGUAAACUAACUGUAGGACAGCCGCUGACCAUAAGGGUACCACAUCAUGUUAAGGCAUUAUUAGACACAAAGGGACCUCGAUGGCUCACGAAUGAGAGACUGACUAAGUAUGAGGGGGUCCUGUGUAAUAAUCCAAUGGUGACCCUUGAGACCUGUGCCUCCCUAAACCCGGCCACUUUGUUACCUGUCCCAGGGGAUGAAACAACUCACCAAUGCACUCAAGUGAUGGAACAGGUAUAUUCCAGCCGGCCAGACUUAAAGGAUGUGCCGAUGUCCAAAGUAGACUUGACCCUAUACACUGAUGGUAGCAGCUUCAUUGAGAGUGGACAGAGACGAGCAGGAUACGCUGUUGUCCAGGAGGGAGGGGAGGUCCUGGAAGCAGAGCCUCUACCUCCGGGGACCUCAGCUCAGAAAGCGGAGCUCGUGGCCUUGACCCGAGCUCUACAGUUGGCGAAAGGAAAGCGGGUCAAUGUCUACACAGAUUCCAAGUAUGCAUUCACUACGCUGCAUGCCCACGGGGCAUUGUACAAGGAGCGGGGACUCCUAACGUCGGCUGGAAAGGGCGUAAAGUAUGCGGGUGAGAUUGUAGCUCUCCUGGAGGCGGUCUGGGAUCCGGAUCGGGUAGCGGUGAUGCACUGUAAGGGCCACCAAAGAGGGGAAGAUGCGGUCACAAGAGGAAAUCGCCAAGCGGAUUUAGCCGCAAAGGAAGCCGCUCGGCAGGGUGCUGUGCAGGGAAGGGUGGCAGUAUGUAGAACCGAUACUUCCCCUUUAGAAAGAUUUCAAUACACAAAGGAGGAGGAGGAGUGGGCUCUUACAGAAGGAGGACAAUGGGGAGAUUCAGUGAUCGUGAUGCCAGAUCACCGUGUCUAUGUUCCUAAAAACAUGGCAUGGCACAUAGUACAACAGGCACAUCAUGCCACACACCUAGGAAAAGGUGCCCUAGCGAAACUCCUCGAGAGACAGCUAUAUAUCAACGGGCUACACAGUCUGUCCAGGGCAGCCGCCAUGAGAUGUUGGACAUGUGCUAAAAACAAUCCAAGAGAAGGACCUUUACAACCUCCUGGGAUCCAGCAUACUGGGGGAACCCCUUUCGAGGCACUGGUUGUUGACUUUACGGAGAUGUCCUCCCAUCGAGGGCUCCGAUACCUGCUGGUGUUUGUAGAUACUUAUACCGGGUGGGUAGAGGCCUACCCCACCCGAACUGAAAAGGCUGUCGAGGUGUCCAGGGCCCUCCUAAGAGACAUUAUUCCUCGAUUUGGAAUACCCCUGCAGAUUGGCUCAGAUAAUGGCCCAGCUUUUGUCCAUAAAACCAUACAGGGAUUGGCCGUCCUAUUAGGAACAAAGUGGAAAUUGCAUUGCGCGUAUAGACCACAAUCAUCGGCUAAGGUUGAAAGAAUGAAUAGGACUUUAAAGUCAGCAAUUUCAAAAAUUUGCCAGGAAACUGGGCUACAGUGGCCAGUCGCCCUGCCAAUGGCACUGUUAACAGUCAGGUGUACUCCGCACCGGAGGACAGGACUGUCUCCUUAUGAAAGGCUGUAUGGGAGACCUCCACUCAAUUUGAAAAACAUUUUAAUGCAAGGGGCAGAGGCCCAUGUAGUAGGAGAAGAGCAAACAGAGGGACAGUUACGAGCUUUGGGAAAGCAAUUGGAAAAGUUAGCUCAAUAUGUUGCAGAUCUUCAUCCUCCUUAUCCUACCACACCUCUACAUUGUUUUUCACCAGGUGACGAGAUUUUAGUAAAAGAAUGGAAGAUUGACCCUUUGGGGCCAAAGUGGAGAGGGCCAUAUAUGGUGAUAUUGUCAACCCCAACUGCAGUAAAAGUUAGGGAGAUUAAACCCUGGAUUCAUUAUACCCGCAUAAAGCAAGCCCCACCUACGUGGAGGGUAGGAGGAACCGAUCCGAGUGGAUUAAGACUCAGGAUUGUCCGGCAACACCCUAAGGGGACAACAAGGCCAUGAAGCUGACCCCUUCGGGAACAACAGAACGCCGUUGGUCAAGUAUGUCCCAGCGUGGCCCACCGAAAACAUUCUCCUGGAGUUGGUGGAAAAAUGUUCUCAUGGGAAGGAGGGAAACUAGAGGGCCGCUGGGACGGAGAACAGUGUUUGGGUUUAUAGUGUUGUUUAGCAUGUUUGUACCGACCUUUGAAAAUUGGUUUACUCUUCAUGCCAGCGAAAUGUUCAAGGUACAUGGGAAAAAUGUAACACUGAUUUAUGAGCACCCCCGGAGAGUGGGGGAUUUUGCCUUUCUCCCUGAUGUGUUUAAUGAACCCCAACCAGUCUUGGAUGACUUAUAUCGAAUAAAUAAUAAUCAGCCCCCAGGGUUAUUUACUAAUGUUUCCAAUAGGGCGGGAAACGAUAGGAGUACAUUGAUUAGAUUCCGAAAAGCCACUAGGGGCUUGUGUUUCUGUUUUGGCACAAAGGAAGAACAACCAAGUUUUGCCAGGGGGAUACAAAAGAUUUUUGAUGAGAUGGGAAACUAUAGUGCCUGUAGAGAUCGUUUCUUUCUCCAUGGUGCCUAUAAUUACUCAUACCUUAAUGACACAAAUAAUCUCUCGGAUUUCCUGAAUGAGUCCGAAUGGAAAGAGAUAUAUCCAGAUUUUCAAUACACUUCUCAAGUAAGAACCUUUCCGGACCCUGUAAAUGUAUGGUGGAUAAGAGAUCCCAACUUAUGGUUUUUUCUUUAAUGAAUGGGCAACUAAAUACCAUCCUGGGAAAUAUCAGUGUGCCGGCAUAGGAUACCUGACUUUCCCAGUCCGGGUUUUACACCUCACAGGAAAAAUAUCCGCUGGACCCCGAGCACGGAAAAAGAGGACAACUUACCAAACAGGGCCUCUAGGGCCAGGGUGCUCGGACGAGGUUAUAAUAGGGCAAGGUUUGUCCUACUCAGAGGGAGCGAGGGUGAUUGGAGGAUCAUUUACUGGGACUCUGACACUCGGGUCCUAUCCAGGGAUCAUCUCUCAGGAAAAUAGGAGGAGUAUUUUAGGCCUCACCUGUAGGUUGGAGAAGAGUGUAAAUGCCACUGGGGAGAUUGUAAGGGGCUUGCAGGCUGAAGUUGAAGAGUUAAGCCAGAUGAUUAUGCAGCAAAGGGUAGCCCUAGACUAUUUGUUGGCAGCAAAAGGAGGUUUCUGUAAGAUGGUGGGGCCCCAGUGCGUAGUUAGGUUCCAUAACCUGAACUCUACCAUUCAGGAUGAUCUUGAAACGUUACGCAACUUAAUAAAUGACAAUGUAAAAGAAGAUCUGGGAUGGUCCCCCUUCUCGUGGUUAACCGAUUGGUUGCCCUCAGAAACAUGGAUAAAAGAAAUUUUGAUAAUUUUUAUGCUAGGCUUGUUUAUAUUUUUCAUCAUAUUAUGUUGUUCCCCCAUAGUUAUGCAAAUGUGUACCCAAUAUAUGGUUCA